AUGUCAGAUCUUAUCAACAUCAAAGACGAUAGCUCGUCAACUCUCGAUAUCCGAUCUAUAGAAUACCACCCUAUAGUCGACGAGCCAUGUAUGAUCCAAGAGAGAAAGAAGCCACACCGCCUCGUCACGCUAUGUUUCGGCGAAGUGAUGCUUCUUGAUAAGACGUAUCCUGGAUUUGGAUUCCUUUGGAUGUGUCGCAAGAGAGCUGGCUGGUACGGUUUCCAAAAUGUCGUUUCCGGCACGUACCUUGGGCGCGACGGGUCGGGCGUAAUUCGGGCCGCCCAGCUAAACCAACGGUCUGACGAAUAUUUUAUGGCAGAGAGACAUCCAGAUGGCGGCUAUAUUCUCCUGAUUAAGCAUGGUGAGGAGCUGUGGCAGGUAGCUAUCUCCGAGGAUGGACAGUCGUUGGUGGAGGUGAAGGCAGAUAAAGGGCCAGGUACAGCUUGGGAUUUUAUCUCAAAGGCGAAGUCAAGUUACUCGUAG